UGUGCUUUAGAGAGAACUUCCGCUGUAUGCGCGGGAUACGAGAAGUACACUUACAAUGCCUUACAUUAUGCCGGGAUCAGCAAGGUGUAAUCUUUUCACAUCUUAUUUACGUGUUUUCGAGAAUUAAUACCUCACAUCAGUGUGCACUUAGGUUUAUUGAUGUUUGCUUGAUGUUUGUCGAUUCUUGUAUUUUGAUUGCAAUAUUUGCAAUAUGUUGAAUAUCGUGAGGUAUCAUACAAAAGUAUUAGGAGCAUAUAAUGUUACGAGACGCAUACUUAGCCGACAAUACUUGUUUACCAAUACAAGAGCUGGUGUUGAGCGAUGUAACAAUAUUUCUUUGAAAUACUGUUCAAAAUUCUCGUUACAAAAGAAACCACUUAAACAAGUAAACGUCAUAAUUCGUAAUUAUGCCUCAAAACCAAGCGGUAAACACGAGAAAAUCGUGGGAUCUUGGUUGCUCACCUGUGGCGGCAUGGUUUUUAUAGCAGUCGCAUUAGGUGGUAUAACAAGACUCACUGAAUCAGGCUUAUCUAUGGUUACCUGGAAAUUGUUAGGAGAAAAAAUGCCUUUUAAUGAGGCUCAAUGGCUUUCAGAAUUUGAACGUUAUAAACAAUUUCCUGAAUAUAAAAUAAUCAACCACAGUAUGACGUUGGAGGAAUUUAAACGUAUUUGGUGGAUGGAAUAUUUACAUAGAAUGUGGGGACGUUUAAUCGGCGCUGUAUUUAUAAUUCCAGCAACAUAUUUUUGGUAUAAGGGUAUGCUAAAACAUGGAAUGAAAACACGUGUUGUUGCCUUAGGAUCAUUAAUUGGUCUGCAAGGACUCAUGGGGUGGUAUAUGGUUAAAUCUGGAUUGGAAGAUCGUUUUAUAGAACCUUCCGAUAUACCACGGGUGUCACAAUAUCGUUUAGCUGCACAUCUUGGAUUAGCGUUGCUCCUAUAUACUGGAUUUCUUUAUAACGCUUUGGAUCAUCUGAUUCCUGCUCAAAAGAUAACUGCUAAUUUCUCUGAUCCUACAGUUGCAAAUACACUGAAAGCACUCAAAAGGUUUAAAGGAUUAAUUCAUUCAACAAAAGGACUGAUAUUUAUCACUGCUUUAUCAGGAGCAUUUGUAGCUGGAAUGGAUGCUGGUCUUAUUUAUAACACUUUCCCAAAAAUGGCUAAUAAAUGGAUACCUGAUGAUAUACUUGCCAUAUCUCCAGUAUUAAGAAACUUCACGGAAAAUCCAGCUACAGUUCAAUUUGAUCAUAGGAUUUUGGGAAUUACCAGCAUAGCAUUAAUAACUUGUUUGGGUAUUUUGUCUCGUAAACAUAAACUUCCUAAUCGAGGAAAAAAAGCUGUGGUUGCAGUACUUUGUGCUGCUUAUCUUCAAGUACUUUUAGGCAUUUCGACUUUAUUAUAUCAUGUUCCUGUAACAUUAGCCGCAUCACAUCAAUCUGGUAGUCUUAUACUUUUAAGUACUAUAAUUUGGCUGUGCCAUGAAUUAAGAUAUUUAGGAAAGUUCGCUAAAUAAAUUCUUAUUUGCAAAAUAC